ACCCUAAUUCCCUUUCUAGUUCUGGAAGGAAGUUGCUUGACACAGAGCAACAGUAUCUUUCUGUUCCCAUUUGUUCAAUAGUUUGAUGGUCGAAAAAUAUAAGUGACGGUGUGGAAGUCCUCGGAGGGAUGUAGGAACUCUAUGUUACGGUUUUGGUUUUAGGGAUGUGGGUCGCAAAAUACGACCCGAAAAUCAUGUUUUUUGGAAUCGCGUGAGAACGAUUCUGUUGCAAUCGUAGAUCGUUGAGAGUGAGCAUAGUUUCAAUUUCCAGUAGCAACCAUGCUCUCUCCCUCGCCAUGACGCCUCAAUUUCUUGUCAAUCGCCUCAAUUUCUCGUCCCACAAGGUACUGUUUUUCAUCCCUUCAUUUUCUCAUCACCGCAAUGAGCUUCUCCAAACCUUUAAUCUUGAUCGGAAAUCAAAUUCUGUCAUCAGGAAAAUCAAUUCAUCUUAGCUCCAUAACGUCGUCAUUUCAAAGAGGAUGAUGGAUUCGAAUCAUGAAUUCAAUUACCCUCUUAGGUCAUAGGAUGGUUCAUAAAAUUUCCCAAUGUUUUAAUGUUACAAGGAAGCUAAGCGACCAACCGUUUCGCGCGGAUGACGAGGUUGUUAGAACCGGGUUUGAAUUGGUUGAGGAGCCUCUGAAAAAAAUGGUUGUAGCUUCAUGUGAAAAUGUUGUGGAUUUGAAUAAUAAUAAUGAGGAAAAUUGUUUUGGAUACAAUCAAAGAAAGUUUUUUGUUAGAGAUAGUUUGUUAGGAAAUGGUAAGAGGGAAAACAUCAAUUUGAAUGAUGAGGAAAAUUGUUCUGGAUACAAUCAAAGGACAUAUUUUGUUAGAGAUCGGUUGUUAGUAAAUUUUAGGAUGAAUGUUGAGAGAGUUCUCGAGGUUCUUCGAAGAGACGGGUUGGAUUUUGAAAUUAGGGUUGCUUUAGACGAGUUGAGUAUUCGGCCGACGUGGAUUUUGGUUAGAGAGGUUUUGUAUGGGGUGUUGAGAGAGGUGAAUUGUGAAAACAAGAGCACACUUGCGAAAUUGGCAUAUAAGUUUUUUGUGUGGUGUGGUCAGAAGGAGGGUUAUUGUCAUACGGUUAACUCUUAUCACCUGAUUAUGCAGAUAUUUGUGGAGUGUGAGGAGUUUAAGGCAAUGUGGAGACUUGUUGAUGAGAUGAUUGAGAAGGGUUUCCCUGCCACGGCUCGCACUUUCAACAUCUUGAUUUGUGGUAGCGGCAAGGCGGGUUUCGCUAGGAAUUUGGUGAUAAAGUUUAUAAAGUCGAAGUCGUUUAAUUACCGGCCUUUUAGGCACUCUUAUAAUGCAAUUCUGCAUUGUCUUCUUGGGUUGAAUCAGUACAAGUUGAUCGAGUGGGUUUAUGGACAGAUGUUGUUUGACGGUUUUUCAUCGGAUGUUUUGACGUAUAAUAUUAUCAUGCUUGCGAAGUACAGACUUGGGAAGUUGAAUCAGUUUCAUAUGUUGCUCAAUGAGAUGGGAAAAAAUGGCCUUUCUCCCGAUUUUCAUACUUAUAAUAUUAUUCUUCAUGUUCUCGGUAGAGGGGACAAACCGCUUGCUGCUGUUGAUCUUUUGAAUCACAUGAGAGAAAGAGGUAUAGAGCCAACUGUUGUCCAUUUCACAACACUCAUAGAUGGACUGAGCAGAUCAGGAAAUAUGGAUGCUUGCCAAUAUUUUUUCGAUGAAAUGGUGAGAUGUGGAUGCAUGCCGGAUGUGGUAGCAUACACGGUAAUGAUCACCGGAUAUGUGGUGGCCCGUGAGUUCGAGAAAGCUCAGGAAAUGUUUGAUGAGAUGAUUUCUAGAGGACUAAUCCCAAAUGUAUUUACCUACAAUUCCAUGAUUCGUGGAUUAUGUAUGGCGGGAAAGUUUGAUGAAGCAUGCUUUAUGCUUAAGGAAAUGGAGACCAAAGGUUGUAGUCCAAAUUUUGUUGUCUAUAGUACGUUAGUAAGCAGCCUACGAAAGGCUGGAAAGCUUUCUAGAGCUCGAAAAGUGUUACGGCAGAUGAUGGAGAAGGGGAGGAAUGUCCAUCAUCUUCCCAGGUUAAGAGCAAAACGACACAAGAAAUGAAAUAACAUUGUUCGGUUGGCAAUGUAAAUUCGUGGGACAUAAACUUAUUGAUCUGGUUCCUCUUCUGAUGUAGAAGCUGGAGAAACAAAAUGUUGGACCAAAAAUUGAAAGGAAUGGAGGGAAUGAGUUUUUGGUCACCUUGUUUAUUGGAUAGUCUCCUCAUAUAUCUGAAACAAGCAAUAUGAGCACAAAAUUACAUUAAGCUAUUGCCAAGAGUUAGAUGUGAAGCAUUUUUUUGUUGCUUUCCACACUUGCUUAAAUCAGCUGCUUUGCUUCUAGGUUUCAAUGAAAGCAAUUUGUCUGCUGUCAUGUUCCAGAUGAUUAUCAAGAAGAGUGUCCCUUCACCGUCAGAUUAUAUUUUUGUUUGCUCAUUCGUCGGCUGGGUAUUUUGUGCCAAGUUAACAUGUGAUGGGCAAUAUUUUUCGUCAUGCAGAAUGUGGUGAUCUGGAUGAGCCGAUUUUGAAUAUUUACAAGCUAUCCUUAACAUGUAUGGAUGUUAUUGAGGUAUUAUGAUAUUGUCAGUGCAAUAUGCAGCCGUAUUCACCACACUUGGCCAGCUCUUUGGAUCCCUUCCAGACGACUAUGAUGUUUUGAAUAUUGAGUUUGUUGUAAGAUAACAUCUUUUUGGCCCCGAGAAAGUGAAAAGCAGCGGCUUCUGAUCGUGAUGAAGAUACAUCGAGGUUGACUGAUAAUAAUUCUUUUAAUCUUUAUAGUGCAAUCUGUAUAGCAUUAAUUAUCAUUUGUUUCAAAAUAUCCUAGGUGGAAGCUGAGAAACAAAUCAUUGAUUCCUUGAGGACUUUUGUGUAACUGCAUGGUUCACUAUAUUUAAUGAAUUAUUUGCCUCAAGGCUGCUGGUAUC